AUGCACGCGGAGAACGAAUUGCUACCCAGUCAAAGGAUCAAGGGACUAAAGGUCAGUGAUGUUAUGCAUAGCAAGGUUAUUCAACUUCCCACGAGUUUUUCCUGCAUCGCAAUACCAGCAAGACGUCAACAAAUCCCCUGUCCCGAAAUGGCUAAGAAGUGGCCCCAUCUCAGAGACAUCGCCUCACAUCUGAUACAUCCUCAGAACGAUAUCGAAGUAGGACUUUUGAUUGGUUCGAACUGUCCUCAAGCAAUAAUACCGCGCGAAGUUAUUCCCGGUCAGCAAAAUGAACCCUACGCACAAAGAUCUGAUUUGGGCUGGGGAAUAAUCGGCAAUGUUACCAAGCCCACCGAAAACAACGAUGAAAGUUCAGUAGCCAUCGUUCACCGAGUAACUACGCGUAACCCCACAAGCACCAACACGCCACAGCAGAAGACUUGUUAUUUUGCCAUUAAGCCAACCGUGAAGGAAGUUAUUAAUCCUGCUCAGUUGUGCCAAAUGUUAGAGUUGGACUUUUCCGAAAGAAGAAAUUCUGAGCCAUCAAUGUCACAGGACGAUAAGAAAUUCCUAUCUAAGAUGGAUCAAGGUGCGUAUCAAGAAGAAGGUGGCCAUUACGUUAUGCCCCUACCAUUUCGUGAGCUAGUACCAAAGAUGCCCAACAACAAGUCGCUUGCCCUACACCGACUGUCGAAACUACGAAUUCGCUUGGAGAAGAACGAGAAAUAUCGGAAAGAUUACAGCCGCUUCAUGAAUGACCUCAUCGAGAAAAACCAUGCUGAGAGAGUUCCUGAAAGGGAGCUGGAAAACACAGAAACUUCCUACGAUUUCUUUGGUUCGAGGACGGCGACAUAACGAAGAACCCGGUGGAGUACAGAAUGACCGUACACCUUUUCGGCGCAGCAUCUUCGCCAGGUUGCGCAAAUUACGGCUUUAAGAAAAUCGCAACAGACCACGAGAGAGAGUUUGGAUCCGAGGCGGCAAGCUUUAUUAAGGACAACUUUUAUGUCGACGACGGCCUAAAGUCGGUCAACACAGCCGAACAUGCGAUUUCUUUGAUUCAGAAAACGAAAGAACUGUGCGCGAAGGGUGGCUUACGACUCCAUAAAUUUGCCUCUAAUUCGAAAGAAGUCAUCGCAGCAAUCCCACCCGAAGAUCGUUCGUGUCAGUUGAAGAACCUCAAUCUCGGAAGCGACCGCCUACCGAUAGAAAGAGCACUGGGAGUGCAGUGGUGUAUCGAGUCCGACGCCUUCCAAUUGCAAAUAACAGUGCAAGACAGCCCAUUGACAAGACGGGGCAUUCUUUCUACCGUCAGUUCAGUAUACGACCCACUUGGUCUUGUGUCACCCGUUGUGCUCAUAGCCAAGCAAAUUCUUCAAGAGCUAUGUCGAGACGGAGCCGACUGGGACGACCCAAUUCCGGAUUCAAUCAAAGUUAGAUGGGAAAGAUGGAGAAGAGAACUUUUCCUACUCAACGACGUAAAAGUACAGAGAAGUUUCAGACCCGAAGGCUUCGAACAACUGAAAUCCGUAGAGCUUCAUCACUUCUCCGACGCUAGUACGUCAGGAUACGGACAAUGUUCCUACGUACGCUUGUUGAACCACGACGGCGAAGUUCACUGUGCACUCGCAAUGGGAAAGUCACGUGUAUCUCCCCUAAAGAACGUCACGAUUCCACGUUUAGAGUUAACCGCAGCGUUAGUUUCUGUCAGAGUAAGCACCAUGCUACACCGUGAACUUGACUAUGAUAAGAUUCUUGACAUCUAUUGGACCGAUAGUAAAGUUGUACUUGGCUACAUUGGUAAUGACGCUCGAAGAUUUCACGUUUACGUUGCGAAUCGCGUACAACAAAUUCGAGAUGAGACCUCUCCAGAGCAGUGGAAAUACGUUGAAAGCAAGGAAAAUCCGGCCGACGACGCAUCGAGGGGAUUAACGGCUCGCGAGUUUCUCGAUAGUAAACGCUGGCUUUCAGGACCUCCAUUCCUAUGGAACCGUAAUCUCGACUUGGCCGCUGACGACCAUCAACCACUUCCUAGUAACGAUCCCGAAGUGAAGACAAACGUUCUCGUCACCCAAGUAACAUCCAGAAGCUUCUCGACAAUUCCCGAGCGUCUCGAGUACUUUUCGGAUUGGCAUCGUGCCAAAAGAGCCGUAGCCGUAAUCGUAAGAUUUCAACGACGAUGGAAGAGAUCUCACUUGCGACCCGAUGAAGCUCCCAUGAGCUCCACAACCGAAUAUCAAAGAUCGAACGUCGAAGAGCUUCUUCAAGCCGAAGUUGCAAUUGUGAAGCAAGUACAAGAACAAGCGUUCUCAAAGGAAAUCCAAACGUUGCGUUCAAUGCAGAAACCCGAUUCUGGUCAAGACGACGUGCGAAGACGUAAAGCGGUCAUGAAGAAGACCAGUUCGCUUUAUCGUUUGGAUCCAUUUCUCGACAAGGAGGGCGUCCUUCGUGUCGGUGGGCGCCUUACUCGUGCAAACACCCCAUCAUGUUAA